AAUAAGUUAGCAACACUAUCUACAAUGCUUGCCCAUCUGAUUUACUGAUUGAUAGUGUCAUGUUGUAGCACUAGUAUAAAUAUCAUGAAACAACAUAAGACCACUACUAUAGCUGAGUGAAUUUUCAAUAGCUUCCUGUCCAAAAAUAAGAUGGAAGGACAAACAAGAUUGUAUGAAGCAGCACUGAAGGGAGAUGUGGAUUCCUUGAUCAACUUAUUACAAGAAGAUCCAUUCAUCCUCGAUCUAUGCAUGGAAAAAUCAAGCUGUUUCAUGCAGUCCCCAUUACAUGUAGCAGCCAAGAUGGGACACAAAGAGAUUAUUGAAACUAUUCUUGAAAGAAAAUCUAAUAUGAUUUUUGCAGAUGAUGAAGAUGGGAGGACUCUAAUUCAUGUUGCAGCCAUGAAUGGUCACACACAAGUGCUUGAAAUGCUUCAUCGUGCGAACCCUCACGCAACUCGAGUGCGGACCAAUCGUGGUGAAACUGCUUUACAUUUGUGCGUCAAGCAUAAUCAAGCUGGAGCUCUGCAGCUUAUGUUACAUCAUUCAGAUGAUGAGCUGCUUAACUCCAAAGACGAUGAUGGCAAUACUGUCUUGCACCUUGCAGUCAUUGGUCAACAACGUCAGAUGGUAGAAAUGUUGCUUGGACGCCCAAAGAUGGAAAAGAACGAAGUAAAUAAUAAUGGGUUAACAGCUUUGGACAGUCACAUGUGCAUUCUUGUAAAAGAAAGAAGAGAUGGAUAUUACGAUAUAGAGGAGCUUUUGGAAAAUGCCAAAGCAUUACGUGCAAAAGAUGCACUGAAAAGAAAAGAAAGAACUAAAUGGUUGGACAACCAAAGUAACGCCCUAAUGGUAGUUGCAUCCUUGAUAGCAACCAUGGCUUUCCAAUUCGGGACUACUAAUCCUCCUGGUGGUUUUUGGCAAGAAGACAAACUUCUUAAAGAAACUAGUGACACCAAAACUUAUGAACAUCUAGCAGGUACUCCAGUACUAUAUGAUCAAUUCAAAAAGCAGUUUUCUCGUGUAAUGGUGUUGAACACAAUAGCGUUUGUUUCAUCUCUUAGUGUCAUCCUUCUACUAAUAAGCGGUCUACCUUAUAGCCGAAUUUUUAUGGCGGUUUUGAGGAUAACAAUGUGGAUUGCAGUUUCCGCGACGACGGCGACUUAUGCAAUGUCAUUGGCAAUGACUCUGGUGCCUGAUGGUACUGAUCCAAGGAAAGAAAGAAAGCCUGAUAAAUUUAUCAUUUGUGUUUGGUUAAGUAUCACCGUGAUAUUGCUAAUUGGACAUGCUCUUUACUUCCUAGUCAAGCUCAUCAGGAGGAAACCAACCUUACCCUCAAAGAUCCUCAGGAAACUUGGCUUCCCAGUUCAAGCAAGUACCACACACAAUUCUAGCAUUUGUCUUUCCAUAAAAUAUAACGAGAUGGAAUCACAAACAGAGAGACUUCAGCUGCUAACAACACGGUUAUAUGAUGCAGCACUUCUAGGAGACGUACCAUCUUUACAUGAAUUGCUCCGGGAUGAUCCCCUCAUCCUCGAUCGAUGCAUCAUCGAGAAAUCGUAUCGUUUCGUGCAGUCCCCGUUGCAUGUAGCCACCAACCAUGGGUACUUGGAGUUUAUAAAAGAGAUUUUACGCCACAAACCAGAGCUAGCAGAGGAGCUUGAUCAAUCAAAAAGAUGGUCACCCCUACAUAUGGCCUCAGCAAAAGGGCAUUUGGAGAUAUUGAAUGCGUUGCUCGAAAUAAAUCCUACCAUGUGCUUUGUGCGCGAUCUAGAUGGAAGGAACGUGAUUCAUGUUGCAGCUGUAUAUGGUCAAAUUCAAGUGCUUGGAAUGCUUCUUAGAGCUACGCCACAAGCAGCUCGAGAGCGGACUACUGAUGGCGAAACUGUUUUACACUUGUGCGUGAAACAUAGUCAGUCCGAGGCUCUUGUGUUCUUGGUUCGAACUAUGGGUGAUGCUCAGCUGCUUAACUCCAAGGAUAGUGAUGGUAAUACCAUCUUACACCUAGCAGUGGCCGCAAAACAUUACGAGACCAUAAAGUUCUUACUCAAGGACAAGAGGAUGGACAAAAACAAAAUCAACACCAAUGGCUUAACUGCAAUGGACACUUGCAUCCAGACCAAGAAAGAUGGUCAUGAUGGGGGAAUUUGGCUAGCCUUAAGGCGCGCCAAAGUGUCAAAAGCAAAAGUUUUACAAAAACCCAGAAAAAGAAGCCGCGAUUGGUUGGAGAAACAACGUACUGCUCUUAUGGUGGUGUCGUCAUUAAUAGCCACUAUGGCAUUCCAAGCCGGAAUCAACCCUCCUGGAGGUGUAUGGCAAGAUAACAACAAUGGCCAUAUAGCAGGUACUUCAAUAAUGGCUAAUGUUGAAGGAGGACAACUUAACCAUAAAAUAUAUGAUGUGUUUCUCAUCUCCAACACCAUAGGACUGGUCUCAUCACUAACUGUCAUAAUUCUUCUCAUAAGCGGACUUCCUUGUGUGAGACUCAUCAUGGGAAUGUUAAUGGUAAUUAUGUGGAUCGCGGUAACAGCAACAACAAUGACAUACGUAGUCUCAGUUUACUUCCUUGUGUUCUUCAAUCAAGACCUGUUAUCCUCUCCAAAGGACCUGGCUUCCGCCAAAACCAAAAAUCCUGUUUUAUCAACUAUAAUUCUCGUAUGUGGUGUUUGGAUAAUUUUGUUAGCACUACUCGUAAUUGGGCAUGUCCUUCGCCUCUUCACUAAACUGAUCAAGCAAACAAUACGCCUGGUGAUACAAGGAAUCAGAAGUACCUACACAAAGACUAGAAACUACCCACCAGUUUAAAGAUCCAAUUUGAUUUCAAGAGGUUUCUCAUUGACACUUGAUUUGACAUGCAAUGUUUGGUAUUUCACCGGCCAGUAACUAGUAAGAUAGAUUAACAAUUGAAUUUAUGGUUGGUUUUCCCAAUCAUAAUUCAAAGGCAGAUCUAUUAGAAUUUAUAAAACCCAUAGACUACAGACAAUAAUGGGCAUUAAUGUUGUUUUUAUUCUGCCUCCAUGUUCUUUUUGACAUGCAAUGUUUGGUAUUCUGCUCCUGGCUAAGGUUAUUU